AAGAGGUACCAAGGCUAAACGCCAUGGUAUGCUGAAGAUGUACUAUGGCAUUGAAGAAGACCAGAUUGGAGGAGCCUCCCUUGACCCAUGUGAUAUAAAUGGAGCUCAUUUCAAAGCUGAUACCUAUCUGGCACGUCUCAUUAAAGAAAAGUCACUGACAGAGUUGAUGGAUGAGGAAUCCAAGACAUUGACACAGAUAAAAGCACUUGACAGUGACAUGCAGACUCUUGUUUAUGAAAACUAUAACAAAUUCAUUAGUGCAACAGACACUAUAAGAAAGAUGAAAAACGAUUUUAGGAAGAUGGAAGAUGAGAUGGACCACUUGGCAACUAACAUGUCGUCCAUAACUGAGUUCAGUGCCAGCAUCAGCAGCACACUUCAGGACAGACGACAACAAAUCACUAAACUUUCAGGGGUACACUCCCUUCUCAAAAAACUUCAGUUCCUAUUUGAACUACCAGCCAGACUAAAGAAAUGUAUAGAAAUGCAGGCCUACAGUCAAGCAGUAAGGUAUUACAGUAAGGCUAAGCGAAUCUUACAUCAGUACCAACACAUGCCAAGUUUCCAGGGAAUCAGUGAAGAUUGUAACAAGAUUAUACAGGAACUCUGUCAGCUUCUUCGUCAACAGUUCAAGAACAAGGAGUCUACUCCCAAACAACUGGCUGAGUGUGUUGAUCUAUUACUACAGCUGGAUGAACCUGCAGAAGUCCUGUGUGAUGAGUUUCUCUCUCAUGCUCGUCAGAAGAUAGACCAAGAGGAUUUGAUGGUACUUGAGCGACAGAUCAGACUGCAAUGUGGGGAAGAUAUAAAAAUGGAGGGAGAGAGUCCAGCUCAGGCUUAUCUUGGGACCACACCUAUGGAUGUACUUGAGUUUGUUGACUCUGGCUGUAAUGGUUUCCUUAGUAACAUCUGCCUGGUGAUUGCAUUUUACAAUGACACAUUCCUCAACAAACACCAGGAGGAUGACAAUACAGAUGCAAUGGCAUUGAAGAAAUUAGUUCACUUUGUUAAUGAGUUGAUGGAAAAAUAUUUCAACUACGUCCAAAGGAGGGUCCAAUUAGAGAAGGAAACUGGAGACAACACUAUCCUGGUAAGGGCCCUGGACAGAUUCCACCGUAGGCUACAGGCCAUGAACAAGCUCCUACCUGACACAGACUUCUCUAGGGCAGGCACAGAAAUUGUGUCUCGAGCUGCCAAAGACAGGGUGGGACAUUAUCUACAGGCUCUCAGGCAAAACUUCGCUGAUUGCUUGACAGACAUCAGACAGAAUCUAGCAGCUCCACGAUUGGUUGGUAAACAAGACAGUUCAGCACAGCUCUCAGACCUGCUGCACUCAACUCAGUCUGCUAUACUGGAGCAAAUCAAAUCAGUUCUGGGCAAUCUCCAAGCAUUCACAGCAUCAGACAUUACAUUUGCGAUGAAGCCAUAUUUCCGUGGCCCAUUCUGUACUAUUGAUGUGAGGGAGGGACUGAUUGUUGGAUUUCUGAACCACAUCAAUUCUGUGUGUGAGGAGUUCUGUGAAGGAACUGGUGACCGUGGAUCAGUACCACCAGCAUUACUCCUCAUUCUAUCACGGCUGUGUCUUGACUUUGAGGCUUCUACCAUAUCCUACCUGUUGACCUUGACUGAGGAGCAGUUUCUGUUGGAGGAGCACUCGAGUCACACACUGACCCCUGUGACUGACCUCUGUAACAAGGCCAAGGAUACAGCCCAACGCCUUCUUAAUCACUACGUCAAAGUCCAGGGUCUUUCCAUAUCACAGAUGCUUAGAAAAAGUGUGGAAACCAGAGAUUGGCUGAACACUAUUGAGCCACGGAAUGUACGUGCAGUGAUGAAGCGUGUGAUUGAGGACAUCACAGCUAUAGACAUCCAAGUGGGACAGUUAUAUGAGGAGGGUUGUCGUAAGGAGCGGAGUAGUGACUCGAGUCGACGAACACAUCCUCACAGCUACAGUGUAUCACAAAAUAAGAAACCUGGGCAGUGGAACUAUGCACCCAGUAUUGAUAAUAGUCUCAUGAGCAACAUCCAAAAGCUAUUCUCCGAGAAGAUUGAAAUAUUUAGCACAGUAGAAUUCUCCAAAGUUUCUGUCCUGACCGGAAUCGUAAAGAUAAGUCUCAAGACUUUCAUGGAGUGUGUGCGACUGCGAACGUUUGGCCGCUAUGGGUUACAGCAGAUCCAGGUGGAUACUAAUUAUCUCCAGCUUUACCUCUGGAGAUUCGUGUCUGAUGAAAAUUUAGUACAGGUGCUGCUAGACGAGAUUGUGGGCAGUACCGUACACAGAUGUCUGGACGCAGUGUUAAUGGAGCAAAGUGUGAUUGAUCUAAUUUGUGAAAGGGGAUGACUGUCCUAAAGGAUAGACGUCAACAAAGGUUGUGUGAGUGAGAGAGAUAGAGUGCUAAGUUUGGAGGUUAAACAAUUAUACAGAGGAUAUAUGUGUCUGUGUGACAUCUAGAGUGCUGAAGUUUUGAGGUUAAAAAAAUUAUACAGAUGAUGUGUGUGUGUGUGUGUGUGAAUGUUUGUGUAAUUUCUAGCCAAUGCUGAAGUUUGGAGGUUCAACAAGUUAUACAGAGAAUAUAAAUGUAUGUGCUUACAUCGGACAGUGAGAGGUGGAGUUAGAAACUACAACUGUAACAUUUGUGCAAUGAACUGAUCCUUUGUUGGAUAAUCAGGACAUUUCUGGAGACAUGUAUAGUGUGCUUUGUUGGAUUAUCAGGACAUUUCUGGAGACAUGUAUAGUGUGCUUUAUUGGGUUUCCCAGCUUUGAUAUGAAUGAUAUCAUUCUAUGAUAACGAUAUAGUAACUAUUAGCCACUUUAAUUAUAUGAAAAUUUGAGGGGAAGUCAUAAUCUCGGUUGCUAUCAUUAUUUGGACAAUAACUGCAGGAACUCAUAUUUUUCUGUUCAACAUCAAAAUGGACCUAAUAAAUGUAAUGUUUCUGAGGAUACUUAGCAAUAAUUCUUCUCCAUAUUCAUAGCAAGGCUGCUUGGAAGUAAACAGAAAAUUGUUUAUAAUAUUGAGAAUUAUUACAAAAAAAAAAAAAAAAAAAUGAUGCAAGGUCAAGGAAAGCACUUGAAUCAAUAAUGGUUUGUUACAACUGUCUUAAAUGUUAAUAUCUGAGAAAGUGCAGAUAGGAAAUAUCCUGUAUCAUUGUAAAAGGAAAUAUCAGUGAUUUAUUGGUCAUCUGUAGGUAGUCCUGUUAUUAGGGGUAAUGUCCAUAUUGGAAUAUGGUCUCAAUGAUUUUCAUAAUUUAAGUAAAAUGUUGCUUUUAUAACAUAGUCGCCCAGUGCUUUUAUGUAUAGCACGCAGUUUUUAGAAAUGCUGAUAUUUUAACAGUAACAACAAUUAAAUAUUAUCUUGUUAUGAAAUCUUGUUUAAAUAUUUAUG